AAGAUAGUUACGAAUUUUGUUUUCCCGCCACAAUGUCACCUUUCCGAGAAAGAUCCCUUGCAAACUUUCCGGAGGUCAGAAACCGCUCCCGCGGCUCUUGCGGCUCCGUACACCUCGCCACCACCGCGUGCAUAAUCGCCAACAUCAUCUAUAUGUUCGUGCUCUUCUUCUGCUCCAAGCAACUACAUUCUCCCCUCCGCCAGCGCGCCUUCUCGUUGGAUUCCAGCGUGUACCACUCUCCGGAGGAAGCUUUCCGCUUAGACUACGAGCAGAUGGAGGAGGAGUUCAAGGUGUUCGUGUAUCCGGAUGGAGAUCCUGAAACGUAUUUUCACACGCCAAGGAAACUCACCGGCAAAUACGCCAGCGAAGGAUACUUCUUCAAGAACAUCAGAGAGAGCCGAUUUGUCACCGACGAUCCGCGCCGAGCUCACCUCUUCUUCCUCCCUAUUUCUUGUCACAAAAUGCGAGGCAGAGGGUUGACUAACGAGCGUAUGAUCGAUGAAGUAAAGAAGUAUGUAGAGUACGUAAAAUUUAAGUACCCUUACUGGAACAGAACCUUGGGUGCUGAUCAUUUUUUUGUGACUUGCCACGACAUCGGAGUCAAGGCUACUAAAGGAGUUCCACAUCUGAUGAAAAAUUCUAUUAGAGUGGUUUGUUCAUCACGUUAUGACGACGAUGAUUAUAUUCCACACAAGGAUGUUACCCUACCACAAGUGCAGCUACCAUUUUUUCACCCUCCAGGAGGGAAUGACUUCAAGAAUAGGAACACACUUGCUUUCUGGGCUGGUCUUUCUGACUCAACAUUGAAAGAUAAUCUAAAAGCUAUCUGGGACAAUGAUACUGAACUAGACAUCCAGAACAACAGAAUUGAUUUUCGAUCGACUGGACAAGUAGUAUUCAUGGAGAGACUUUAUAAAUCCAAGUUUUGUUUGUGCCCUCAUGGGCCUAUCGGCAGCAGUCGUAUCUCAGACUCGAUCCACUUUGGGUGUGUACCAGUUAUCAUGUCAAACUAUUAUGACUUGCCUUUUAAUGAUAUUCUGGAUUGGAGGAAAUUCUCUGUUAUGCUGAAGGAGACUGACGUUUAUCGGCUCAAAGAUAUUCUCAAAAGCAUAUCUACGAAACAUUUCAUGAUAUUGAAUCAGAACUUAGUAAAGAUCCAAAAGCAUUUCAAUUGGAAUACACCUCCUGUCAGACUAGAUGCAUUUCAUAUGGUCAUGUAUGAACUCUGGCUACGCCGCCACCUGAUUAGGUACUGAUUUUUUCAAUGAAUUUACGCAGUGUUAUACAAAGCAAGGAAUUGUUUCUGUACAUAAAUGUUGAUUCACCACUCUGACCCCACCUUGGAAAAUCUGCAAAACAAUUGUAACCACAAAAGUAAUUUUUAGCUCAAGAACUUCUCUGUAUAAAAUACGGGAAGUAACAGAGCCCCUUUUAGUAGAAUAAUUGUUUAGGUCUGCACGAAACUUCAAAACAGUGGAAGAAAUAAAAGGUAUUUUGAAAUGUGCUUGCGAGAAAGCAAAAGAUGCUGGUGCAUAUACCAAAAGACUGUUUAGGUCUGCAUGAAA